AUGCGAUUCAGGUCGACACCGCUCCUUCGAGUGGCGAGCUUCAAUCCUCGCGCACUCCACCCAACCCCGAGCGGUGCGCGCAGCUUCUCUCAAGAACUGCGAACAAAUCCGCUCCGUAGUGGACUUCGUCGACCAUUCCUCUUCUCCCAACAUUCUGAGCACCUCUUACAACAGCAGCGAUGCAUUACACAAAACUACAUCAAGCGCAUGGAAGAUGGGAAGAAGGAAUGGGCAAAGCAUGCCGUGGAGAUCAAAGAUGGCAAGAGGAAGAGCUUUGUCGAUCAUUUGGAGGAGCGUGGGCUUCUUCAUGAUGUCGUUGGUGAGCGCGAAUUACUCCACAAACUAUUCACAGAGAAGAGGACUGGAAUCUACGUCGGAAUCGAUCCUACUGCGCCGUCUAUGCACGUUGGACAUAUGCUACCAUUCAUGGUGUUAGCUUGGGGAUACGUUUGGGGUCUUCCAGUAACUUUCUUGUUAGGUGGUGCUACCUCUCGAGUCGGUGACCCCACAGGCCGAUUGAAGGGUCGUGAGCAAGUUCACUCUUCCAUCCGAAAGGCGAAUAUGGCUAGUAUGCAUAUGCAAUUGAAGAAGCUGGGAUCAAGCAUUGAGCAAUACGGCAGGAGGCAUGGUCAUGAACGUCAAAUGAUAUGGAAGAGGUCCCUGGUCAACAACAACACAUGGUGGAACUCUAUGCCCUUCAUCGAAGUUCUGCGUGACCUUGGGGCGUAUAUGAGACUUGGGCCUAUGCUUGGUCGGGAUACUGUUAAAACCCGAUUGAACCAAGGCGACGGUAUGUCAUUCGCAGAAUUCUCUUACCCGCUUCUUCAGGGCUGGGACUGGUGGCAUUUGUUCCAAAAAGGCACUCAGGUACAAGUGGGAGGUUCUGAUCAGUAUGGAAACAUUUUGUUCGGAAUGGAUGCCGUCAAACAUAUUAGUCGCAACACCUCCAAUGAGCAGGCUCGAAACCCCCUUGAGUCUGAAUUGGACCGGCCUAUUGGAUUUACCACGCCGCUUUUGACUGCGCCAUCGGGCGAGAAAUUUGGAAAGUCUGCAGGUAAUGCCAUCUGGCUUGAUAAGGACAUGACUUCUACCUUUGAGUUAUACCAGUUCUUUGUUCGCACGCCAGAUGAUACCGUGGAGCGCUAUCUGAAGCUUUUCACCUUUAUCCCCAUUCAUGAGAUUACAACCAUUAUGGAGGAGCAAAAUUCCGACCCUUCAAAACGUGCUGCUCAACAUCGAUUGGCCUAUGAAUUUGUAGAGUUGAUCCACGGCAAGGCAGAAGCAGAUGCAGUGUCGCUCCAACAUCGCCAACUGUUCCGAUCACGGUCCUCGACUGCUGCCCCCUCCCCCAUGCCUAAAAACUCGACUCCCCCUGCUAGCCACGCUCAAUCCAUCACCGCCGGCUUUGACACCCCACAGUCUGGUAAUCGCUACGCCCCCCAGACCAACUUUGCCAACAUGCCAAGUGCCAACGUGAUACUCCCAAAAUCUCUGGUAUACAACCAGCCUUUUAACAAGGUUCUUUGGUCGGCCGGUCUUGUAUCAUCCAAGGGUGAAGGUCAUCGCGUGAUCACAAACAAUGGCGCCUACGUGGGCAGUCGACCCGGUGACAGUGGGCCCAUGUCGGACGAUCUGGCUUUCACCCCAAUCCGAGUCUGGCCUGCGGAGAAAACAGAAGAAUUUAUUCUUGACCAGAAACUUAUCAUGCUCAAACUAGGCAAGUGGAAGUUUAAGAUGGUCGAGAUUGUCAAAGACGAGGAGUUCCGCGAGAUGGGACUAACAGCUCCUGGAUGGGAAGAACCAACCAGUUCAACCGAUUCGGCCUAA